GAAGGUCGGUUGCCACCACCUGAUCUAAAUGAAGAACCGCCUCCACCUCGUGAGCCAAUACCAACGUCUAGGUCUGAAAAGGAACUAAAAUCACCAACAACCUCUCGAGCUCCUUCGGAAGCUUGCCCACUCUUAACUGAUCCACCGUCUCCACCAACCACCAACAAUCGAUCAAGAACAACAUCUGUCGUGUCAGAAGACUCUGCGAAAUCCAGGUCAGCAUCGAUUUCGACAUGCAAAACUAGUCCGGAGUUGAUACUCAGAAAUGCGGUGCUCAUGUCCCAACGCUCACUGAGGUCGUCACAAAUGCUCGAGACGCAAUCCAUCGAAACGGUAUUACAUAUUUGCACGAUUGUUUUAUUAUUCUUCACCUUUCAUUAA